UACCCCGGACCACAGAGGGGGAGAGAGCAGAGCAGAGCAGAGCAGAGCAGAAUUAGGGAGAAAUGGCGGCAGAGUCGGCCAGGAUGUCAUCAAUGGCUUCGACGGCUUCUUCACUGUGCAACUUCAGCAGUAGUGGCUGCUCGCGCAGGCCUCUUCCUGCGUCUCCUCGCCGACUCCUCGGUCUCAGUUCCUCCCUCCGCCACCGCCGCGCUCAGUCUCUCGCUUCUUCCUCGUCUUCCCUUUCUGAAUUCUUCGGAAGAAGCGUCCGCAUCAGCGCUGCCUCUGCUCUCAAGCAGCAGAGCAGGAGGAACCUCUCUGUCUCCGCCAUGGCCGCCGACGAGGCAAAACGUGCAAUACCUUUGAAAGAUUAUCGCAAUAUUGGGAUCAUGGCUCAUAUAGAUGCAGGAAAGACAACUACAACUGAAAGGAUUUUAUAUUAUACUGGUAGAAACUAUAAAAUUGGUGAGGUACAUGAGGGAACAGCUACCAUGGACUGGAUGGAGCAAGAGCAAGAAAGAGGCAUCACCAUAACUUCUGCAGCAACCACUACUUUUUGGAACAAGCAUCGGAUUAACAUAAUUGAUACACCUGGUCAUGUUGACUUCACACUUGAAGUUGAGCGUGCUCUAAGGGUUUUGGAUGGUGCCAUAUGCUUGUUUGACAGUGUUGCUGGUGUGGAACCACAGUCUGAAACUGUGUGGAGACAAGCUGAUAAAUAUGGAGUACCGAGAAUUUGUUUUGUUAACAAAAUGGAUCGUCUUGGGGCCAAUUUUUUCCGAACAAGAGAUAUGAUAGUUACAAAUUUGGGUGCCAAACCCCUUGUUAUUCAAUUGCCAAUUGGUUCAGAAGACAAUUUUCAAGGAGUGGUUGAUCUUGUGAAGAUGAAAGCUGUGAUCUGGUCGGGAGAAGAACUGGGUGCCAAGUUUUCUUAUGAUGAUAUUCCUACUGACCUUCAAGAGUUGGCAGAGGAUUACAGGGCACAGAUGAUAGAGAUUAUAGUUGAGUUGGACGAUGAAGCUAUGGAGAGCUACUUAGAAGGAGUUGAGCCUGAUGAAGAAACCAUUAAGAAAUUGAUUAGGAAAGGUACAAUCUCAAGCAGUUUUGUUCCAGUUCUAUGUGGUUCAGCUUUCAAAAAUAAGGGUGUCCAACCGCUACUAGAUGCAGUUGUGGACUACUUGCCUUCACCCCAAGACUUGCCAGCAAUGAAAGGCACAGACCCUGAGAACCCAGAACUGAUAAUUGAAAGGGCUGCAAAUGAUGAAGAACCCUUUUCUGGGCUGGCUUUCAAAAUCAUGAGUGAUUCAUUUGUCGGUUCUCUUACAUUUGUAAGAGUGUAUGCGGGGAAGCUUUCAGCAGGAUCUUAUGUACUGAAUGCAAACAAGGGAAAGAAAGAGAGAAUUGGUAGACUUCUUGAAAUGCAUGCCAACAGCAGAGAGGAUGUUAAAGUAGCUUUGGCAGGGGAUAUUGUUGCUCUUGCAGGCCUUAAAGAUACCAUUACAGGAGAGACACUGUGUGAUCCUGAUAAGCCUAUUCUGCUGGAAAGGAUGGACUUCCCUGAUCCUGUUAUAAAGGUAGCAAUUGAGCCCAAGACUAAAGCCGAUGUUGACAAAAUGGCUACUGGUUUGAUCAAGCUUGCUCAAGAGGACCCUUCUUUCCACUUCUCACGGGAUGAAGAGAUUAACCAAACAGUUAUUGAAGGGAUGGGUGAACUGCAUCUCGAGAUUAUUGUUGAUCGGCUGAAGAGGGAAUUCAAGGUAGAAGCUAAUGUUGGUGCACCACAAGUAAACUACCGCGAAAGCAUUUCUAAAGUUUCAGAAGUGAAAUAUGUUCACAAGAAACAAUCAGGUGGGCAAGGACAAUUUGCUGAUAUUACUGUACGGUUUGAGCCCAUGGAAGCAGGCAGUGGAUAUGAGUUCAAGAGUGAAAUCAAGGGAGGUGCAGUGCCAAAAGAAUAUAUCCCAGGAGUGAUUAAGGGAUUAGAGGAGUGCAUGAGUAAUGGAGUGCUCGCUGGCUUUCCUGUUGUUGAUGUCCGUGCUGUAUUAGUGGAUGGUUCUUACCAUGACGUUGAUUCAAGUGUCCUGGCAUUCCAACUUGCUGCCAGAGGAGCUUUUCGGGAAGGAAUGAGGAAAGCUGGGCCAAAGAUGCUAGAACCUAUAAUGAAAGUUGAAGUUGUUACCCCUGAAGAACAUUUGGGAGAUGUGAUUGGCGAUCUGAACUCAAGAAGAGGCCAGAUAAACAGCUUCCAUGACAAGCCUGGCAGUCUCAAGGUGGUUGACUCCCUGGUUCCAUUAGCAGAGAUGUUCCAAUAUGUCAGCACACUGAGGGGAAUGACAAAAGGUCGGGCUUCCUACACCAUGCAGUUAGCCAAGUUUGAUGUCGUCCCACAGCACAUCCAGAACCAGCUGGCUGCCAAGGAGGAAGCUGUUGCUGCUUGAAUAUGGUUUUCUUGAUUUCAAAUUCACUUAAAACAUUCAAGAAACCUUAAAUUUUUGUCCGGCUUGAUGUUUUAAUUCUACCUAGUUAUUCUUACUGUACCAAAUUCAUAGAUGUAAAUGCAAGUCAAAACGGAAAAAAGAAUUAUGACAUUUACGCUGACGAACCAGGAAAUUGGUAA